AUGGCAACUAAUAGUGAAAAUUCACCUGGUCAUGAAUCAGUUGUUAUAGACAAUGAUGAAGGAAUAAGUGUUGAGAGUAAUCGAACGACUAUUCAUAUCAAAAAAAAAGGUGUUAAAGGUAGCUUUAUACCGUCAAUCGAUUUAAACACUUUGGUUUUAUCAAGUGAUAAAACUGAAUGGCCUAAAAUUUUCGCACGAGAAGCUUCAAUAAUUGAUCAAGUUCGUCCAUAG